GCAGAGGGAGCGGAGGGUACUAGAAAAUUUCUGUGCGUUAAGAAAGACAAAGAAGGCAUAAAGUAAGAUCAGUUCUUGCGAUGUUGUGUUUUUCUUUGGCGAUAGUGGGCUCGCACUAACGGCGCGCAAGCAUCCAUUAGAGGUUGUUUAUGAUGAAGUCUAGAUCGGUAUCUGUAUCUAUAUGGUGUAAGAAUUGAACCAUGAGCGCAAAAUUGCAGCACCAUCAGGCUCUGAGUGGCAAGAAUGCCGGGGCAGGGAAACUACAAGUUCCGGUCCGUAAACCUACCGGACAUGAGGCGGAGGAACCAAAGAAGCGAAGAAACAAGCCGAGCAAGGGCAAAAAACGAAACCAAAAGAAGGCUAACAUCGGACGGCCAUUUCUCCAUAUUAACGCUAACGGGUCGACUGCCCCGGGUCAAACUACGAAGACAGCUGCGUCAGCUGCAACGGGAGAAUUACGUGCUGAAGCUUCUCAUGUAACUUACGCAGUAAGUGCUGGUGCUCACCCAACUACAACAACAUCUUCCUCCUCAUCAUCUUCCUCGUGUCGUGACUUUUCCAAAAAUGCUGCACCUGCGCGCUCAACAUCUUCUGCCGGUCAAGGACAUCAUCUGUUGCGCAGUUUGUUGACGCCGACGGCUGAGCGACGAGGAAAAAUUGAGGAUGCCAUGGAGCAGCUGCAGACCUUGGUGGUCGGGCAUCUGGGGCUGGACUUCUACCUGAAGCCGCAGGGCUCCUACGCGCAGAAUUUGCUUUUGCCGGACUCCGACCUGGAUUUGGUAUUGUGCCACACAGAUGAAAAGGUCGCGUCCCGAACGAAAAGCGUCAAGUGGCUGCAGCAACUGGCUGCGUUUUUUCGGAAUGCACGAAAGAAGCAGGCGAAAAAGCGGCAGAGUAGCGAAAAGAAAGGCCAUCGAAGCGACAUUAUCUUCAACGGUGAGGACGAUAGCACCAGUAGUGGUAGUGCAACCACGACUACAUGUGGCUUCCGACUUUGCGAGUGCAUUUUCAGUGCGAGGAUUCCGAUUUUGAAACUGAACUACCUGGAGGACUUGGAGAUUGACAUAUCAGCGGGUGAUGAUCGGCGUGGAACGGUUGACGAAACUAUUGACAGAACGUUGACCUGCAUGGAGGCGGAGGUAAUCCUAAAGAGCCCGGGGCUGAAACAGAAUGAUCUUCUUGCUCACGGCGGAAGGUCUUUACACGAGAAGCUUACGUCUGCUGCGAUAUUACAGCACGCCGGGUCCACCUCCUGUUCUUCGCGAGAUUUUCUAAAGUUCCUGAAAGCAUUUGCUUCCGAAAGCGAGCUAAACGUGGCAUGGGAUCGAGGGUUGUCAAAUUUCUCGUGGGUGUUGCUCGGCAUGUACUUUCUGCAAAAUGUCAAAGCCACAGUAGGAGCUUCAGCACCGAUGAACAACAGUGAAAACGUUGACUCCGCCGAUAUCCUGCACCUUUGGGACAAUUUCUUGAACUGGUUCUGCUCCACACUGCAGGAUUACGUUGCGAGCGACAAAUGGCUGGUGGUGGACGUUGAUUUAGAAAGAAGCGCGUUCUUCGCAGGAAACAAGCCACGCCACCGGUCGUCAUGUAGUUCUUCACAGGCCGCACAGAGGACGUCGAAAGCUCGAUCCGUUUACGACCCAGUACUUGGAACGAUUGUGACCUCUUACGAAGAUGAUGAAAAUGGGGGCGAGGAACACAAUUUUAAUAGAGGCGGGGUCAACAGAAAUGGAAAUCGUGGACCUUCGCAUCUGCACGAUGCAUCACCGCUUCGCCUGCAAGUCCCGCACGCCGAGUUUGGAGAAAAUGCCGCCAGAUGUUUGUCAUCUGCGGUGUGGGAAAAAAAAAUCGUUCCUGCGGUCAGGACAGCGCGCCUCGAGAUGCAAAGAUGGCUGAGAACAAUAAAUGGGUCGUGCAGUGCUUCUACUGCUAUUUCCAGUAGGGCGGCAACUACGAAGAUUUCGCCCUCGAGAGGACAGCAAGAUCAUGCUCGUCACUGGUGGGUUCGCUUUGUACCGUCCCUGGCUGCGGAUCUCCUAGGGCGAGACAGUACAACGCCGUCGUGUGCUGGUGAUUCCACUUCGCUGGCGCAGGUGGAUCUAUCGUCCGCAGCAAAAACUUCGAAUAGAACGACGGGCACAUCAACUACUUCAAGCUCGUCAUCAAGCUCAGCCUCGAAUGUUACCACCACAAGAACAGCAGCUUCGCGCGCCACGACUUCGAUUGCAAUUGCUAGCUUGAACACGACGACUUCUACUUCGGCGCACUAUAAGGGGCUGUCGGAGACGAGCGAGAGUUCAGAUGACGAAAUGGGGGCUGAUCUUAUGCAUAUGAAACAGUUUUGUGCCAGAAAAAUCACAGCAGGUGGCGAAGAGGAAGAUAGCGAGAAACAGGAUCAUUCUGACGGCGAUGUCGCAGGCAGUGACACGGGCGCAGCCCGAGCAGUAGACAAUGAAAUGAGCGAAGACCAAGACGACGACGAGGACGAUGAUGAUGAAGAGCCUCAGCACGUAGUUGACAAAAGGCGGCGAGAGAAGGCAAAGAAUCGCGAACGACAAUCGGGCAAGCGUAUGCUGUACGGAGACACGCGCCUGCUUGCAGCAAGAAACUUACUCUCCAAGAAACCGCCCCCAGCACAAGAUCAAAGUGCAACGGCAAAGCGAGUCAAAAAGAAGAAGAUGUUGAGGAAAAAGCAGAAGAACAAAAAGCUAGAUCGACCCAAAAUUAAGAAAAAGCGUUGAAGAACUCAAAUAUGAUCGCGACCUUUCACAUCUCUUAAAAUUUCUCUUCAUGCGACUUGCUGUGCCAGACAAGGUAUGUGUGAGGACUACAUCGAGUAUAUUGAGUGUGGAACCAGGACCUCCACGACGAUGUUAGUGCUCGUUUCAUCCAGGCUACGACAUUAUUCAAUGUUAUCGCGACUGUGAAGAUUCCUCGAGCUGCCUCCGCAGCAUAUAGACAUAUUUCAAAAACGGUAAACCUAAACCCAAACGGGAUUUGGAUUCAUUCUGCU